AUGGUGGGGCAGACUGGAGAAGACACGCAUCAAAAAGAGCGCCCCCCUAUUCUCGACGCCGGACGCCGACGACACUACGAGUCAGUCGGCCUCUUGCUCAAAGCUGCAAGACGACAGGCGAUGACGGCGUCGCCAAAGCUAGGCAUCACAUAUCCACCCACAUUUGCUGCGUCCUUUUGGACAUUUCCUGAGUACAGGAAGGGCGCGAUUGUUUUGUACUCUCGACUGCAAGAAGGUCUGGACGAAAAUGAAUCUGUGCUUGCAUCGAUCCAGCACCGUGUAGACAGUGAGUAUGCGUAUGCGCGCGCGCUUUCUCAAGGUCCCAUUGUCCCGUGCAUCUCGGACACGAUGUUUCCUGGGUCAGUUGACGACGCUCGCACUGGUUACCUGCACAGCAAUGCACUAACGUCACAAAUGGUGCGAGACGUGAUCCAAAGCACGACGGCUGGCGAGGCAGUUAGGCACAUCCAAGUAGCCAAAAGGCUUGAAUCUAUGAUUGUUGAGCCAUUUGGGAAAUGGGCGGCUGCACAUGCUGAGCGUGUGCGGCAAAGCUGGCAGCUCAUUGACGCAUCGCUGGCUGAGAUGGAGCGCCAGACGAAUGAAGUCAAGAAACGACAAUCUUCCUAUGAGGCGCGCUGUUGGCAUGCUGAUGAGGCAGAAGAUGAUGCACGUUUUGCACCUGGCCCACAUGUAAAUGCUGUGACCAAUGGGCCGCGAAACACGAAAGACUCGUCACCCAGUAUGAAACGAUUGUCCCUUGGCCAGAGAGUAGCUUCUAUGCCUGAGACAUCCGUCAUCAUGACUGCCACGGACGAAACUGGCGAGAAAGAAAUGGAGAGGCCGGCGCCUGCGUCAUCAGCGCGUGAGCAGGAGCUCCAACAGGAGGCCAAUGAGGAACCCAUUCGAGAAGGAACGCAAGAGUCAGCGCAGCAAGCCACGGCGUCCGAUGCAAGCGGCGUUUCUCAUGCUGAAUCAGUUGCCUCAGCGUCCCCCUCUUUGAGUGAGGCGGAAGCACAGAAGCUCAAGCGGCGUGAAACAUUGCGACAGCAGUUUGGCUUUAAGGCACGCAAGCCUUCCGAGUCGUCCCACCCAUCUGAAACCAAUGAGACUUCUCCGCAUGAGCGCCAGAAGUCGCGCUUCUCCUCAUACUGGAACUUGACCAUGGAGCGCGUGCAAGAUUCGCAAGCGUUGGCACAGGUGCGUGCGGCUGUCACUGGUCUCUCAGAGCCUCGGCAUGUCCGACUGCGCCGUGAAGCCGAGGCAGCGGAGAAGGCAUACCGAGACGCAAUAGUGCUUCAGGAUAAGCUUCGUUGCCGAGCAGAAGAAAUAUUGAUUCAUGAGUACAAACUCUCACAAAAGUGGGAGUUUGAUCGAGCAGUGGCUAUACAACGUGUGCUUGUUGCUUGGGAGCAGGUAAUGAGGGCCCUUAGCGGAGUCACUGACGAUGACAAGCUGAGUCGCACCGACCGAGCUCCUAUGGACCCUGCCGUACACAUCCAGCAUCUCGUCAUGAACUACCGCACCGGCCCUUUCCGUCCGGUGGCUGUAGUCUUCAAGCCUUACUAUCAUGACGACCUGUUCUCUGUCGCAGGCAUGACGAAUGGCGGCUUUGGCAUGGACUUGAUGGCUGCAGCGAAAGGCGCAGCUUUGUCAGCCCAUACGGCAACAACACUUGCAGCGCCUGGGUCAUCGCUGACAAUGCCAACAUUGCCCCCUGUGUUCCACGCGCUGUUGUCAGCGCUUCAGCGCUCCUAUGCGGAGCGUUCACGCUGGAUUCCUAAGAGUGGUGUAUCGACCGAUGAAACCAUUCAUGCUGAGAAACGACGCAUUUGGCUGUAUGAUGUACCGCUUGUAAAAGUGCACGAACUUCGCGAAAGUCUGUCGGACUUUUACGAUCAGAACCGUGGAAUGAACGUGUUCGAAUCGACGGCGCCUGAUCAACUGCUUGAUACCAUUGAUGCACCUGUACUGGCCGCCACUGUGAAACUAUGGCUCUUGGAAUUGAACUCGCCACUCCUUCCUUAUUCUGCAUGGGAUGAAGUUGUCACGAUUUAUGAGGCAGCACGCAUUCGUUUCCUCUCACUACGAAAGGAGGCGGGUGAGCAUGAGCAUGAGCAUGAGCAUCGGGCACUCGUCGAGCCACUUGUACAGGGGCUCUCCACUGUCCUGAGCCGCUUGCCAAAACUGCAUCUUACAUGUCUCGAUUCACUCGUCGCUCACUUCUACAAGCUCGUGAAAAAUACCCCGACAGAAGAACCGGAAGAUGUGUACCUGUCGAAGCUGGGUCUGGCCAUAGGCCGUGCUGUAUUGCGACCGAACAGCACCUUACCGUCACUCGUGUUCUCCGAUUACCCUGCGUUGCUUCUGCGAGAUUUGGUCAAGCAUUACGAGGUGCUUCUCCCUCCAUUGAUGCGCCAAAAAGCCAAAGAGUCGGAUAUGAAAGGACUCAGUCCAUACCGGCAGUCGCCCCUCCUUCGACAUCGCAGCAUGCUUGUUGAUGAACGCAUUAAGCGCAGCUCUCUGCAAAGUUUGGGCCCGCCGCCCAAUGGUAUGCUCCAGCGCCGAUUUACUCAGAUCGAGUCUCGACACUCGUCCGCACCGCAUUCUCGCACAUCCAGUGCGGCAUCGAGGGCCAGUUCAGUUGGCUCUAACGGACGCGUUCUAUCACUCAAUCACUUGCAGCUUGACGUAAGUCCGGUUCAAGCUGGGCCCGCCGCCAGCACGAAGUCGACGGCCUCUGAAACACCCACGAAACCUAGUUGCCCGAGCCAGAAUCAUCAUACCCCUGACACGACUUCAGGCACCGAGCAUCCUGACAUUAUGGCCAGCAUGACCACUCCCACGCCGAUACGCAUAUCUGAGGCACCUGCACCGCCUCCCAAAAUGGAUUCUCCGGGCACGAGCCAAGUCCACCAAGCACGCCAGAAGCUUUUUGAGACAGCUUCUGAUGCAGCCACUACUUCUGCUGCCGCUUCCACAUCGUCUUUGAACCUUGCUUCUGAUCCUGAUUCUUCUUUGGAAAUGCCAGAGGUAGCACCUGAACCAACACCGUCCACGCAGGCGAGCGCACAGCCUGCCGUGCCUGAUAUGCAUGGCACCACACCCGUUCGCCCCCGACAGAGCCACGUUCGUGGUCCACGCGGCCCGCGCCAAGUUUCAUAA